AAUAGUAAUAGGAUGUGGUGAGUUGAUACGCUACACCGGGUGCAGGUAAUAACUCGUCGUCAAAGUACAGGAGGAGAUCCAGCGUGUUUCCGCCUCUGCUAUUUUCUGUCCAUCGAGCACAGGAGCGGUGGAAAGAAGGAGAGAGAGAGAGAGAGAGAGAGAGAGAGAGAGAUUCCGGGGAUUUCCUUUGACGACGUGUCGACCACGGCUUCCUCCUCGCCGGAGCUCUUCGCCGAUCAGACAGAGUCAGAGAUUCACAAAUUUCUCUCUCUUUCUCCUUCGCCUUCUUCUCCUCAGGAUCCUCUGACUUCUUUGCAGGAGGUAGGCACUGAACAGAACUACAGAAGACUGCUUGUGGGGGAAACAUGAAGAAAGUGUUCGGUCAAACCGUCCGUGACAUUAAGAGAGAGGUGAACAAAAAGGUCCUGAAGGUUCCUGGAAUAGAGCAGAAGAUUCUUGAUGCUACGAGCAAUGAACCGUGGGGCCCACAUGGAUCGCUUCUUGCGGAAAUUGCCCAGGCAACACUAAACUAUCAUGAAUACCUGAUGAUUAUGAAUGUGAUAUGGAAGAGGAUCAACGAUAGUGGGAAAAAUUGGCGUCAUGUUUAUAAGGCAUUGGCUGUCCUGGACUACCUAGUUGCCCAUGGAUCUGAGCGUGUGAUUGAUAAUAUCAGGGAGCAUGCUUACCAGAUAUCAGCCUUAUCCGACUUCCAGUAUAUUGACUCUAGCGGGCGGGACCAGGGGAGUAACAUUCGAAGGAAAUCUCUAAGCCUUGUUUCUCUAGUUAAUGAUAAAGAAAGAAUACAGGAAGUUCGACAGAAAGCAGUUACAACUAGGGACAAGUACCGCAGUACAUUUUCAACGGGUGGAACAAAUAGGGCUAGUACCUAUUCUGGUGCAGGCAGCGAUGGUGACCGCUAUGACGAUGAUCGCUACGAAAAUCGUUACGGUGGUAAGGAGGAUGAACGGAAUGGUUAUGGAAGGGAAAGAGAAUGGGGUUACAGGGAUGAUGAUAGAUAUGGAGACAGUGGAGAUUCGUAUUAUCGUGAUGGAGACCGUUAUGCUAGGGAUACAGAUGAACAUUAUGGAAGAGAGGGUAACUGCAGGGCAGAUGAAUACCGAGGAGCCUGUGGCAAUGAUGACUAUUCAUAUGGGUCAAGAAACAAGAGCUCUGAUCACAACAAAGACCGUUCCCAUGAUGACGAAGACCGCUAUUCUCGUCGAAGUGAUGGUGGCAGGCAUGCCGACCCUCCUCACGAAGAAAGUCGACUGGAACGAAAGCCUUCAGAGCAGAAUGUUGGUGCCCCUCCCAGCUACGAAGAAGCCAUUGGGGAGGCCCAAAAUCAACUGGAUGAAGAAAGAAUUGGAGGGAAUAUAUCAACUACCGCACCAAAGGAUACUUCACCCUCCGCUCCUAGAUCAAGCUCUUCAUCGGGUCCUACAGCUCAAACAUCAGAAAAUGCUACUGCUGUAGAAUCUGCACUCCCUCAAGCUAACGAAGUUGAUGGUUUUGAUGAGUUUGAUCCUCGAGGUUCUGUGUCAGCCACCACCCCUCCUGCAGCAAGUAGCUUGGAAAUGGAUUUAUUUGGAUCACUAUCUGUGACAGAACCUGUUAAUUCGUUUGCUCUGAUGCCUAUCACUCCUAUCGAUACCCCUCCCGAGCCGGAAAUUCCUGCAAAUUCAGGUUUUAGGACAGGCAGUUUUGUGGCUCAGCCAUCAACAUCUACUUUAAUGAGCCAGCCCAGCGAUAAUAACCCUUUUGGAGAUGCUCCUUUCCUGAGUACCAGCGAUAAUAACCCUUUUGGAGAUGCUCCUUUCAUGGCUAGUCAAGAAAAUUUUCCAGCUCAGCAGCCGACUCCGGCACCUGUCAGCCCUUUCCAGCUGAAUGGUUUAACUGGAGGAGAGCCUCUACCACCUGUGCCUCCCAAGAUGGAAAAACACACGAACUUUGAUUUUGGUGAUGCGCUCAGUGGUCUUACUUAUGCUCCCAGUGUUCCGUUCGGUCAACAAGAUUCCUCUCUAAGUCCUCCAUUUUUAGUGGAGCCACAAGCAUCCAUGCUUAUGCAUGGAACUGAUGUUCCAUCUACUGCUUUUCAACAGCUAGGGCCAACAAUUUUUAACCCUUUAAUAGCUCAACCCACAAUGCCUACAAGUAUUCAGCCAGGCCAAGCAAACUUUGUUCCACAGCCCUUCACAGGAACACUUCCCUCACAGGGAGCCCAACCUGUGGGACCUCCAAAUAUGCAGAUAAAUCAGCCGAGUUUUCUUAUGCAGUCAAAGCCGUCGGCUCCCUUUGGCUCACAAACUAUGCCACCUGCUUUACAUGCAACUCAUCCUGUUAAUCCGACUAAUACACUCCCAUCUAAUAUGAACCUUCUCCCGCAGUCAACCGCCUCGGUUCCUGUUUCCUUAGAAAUAGGUCCUAAUCUUUCAGCUCUGCAACCUGCUAAGACUGAGCCUACCAAGAAGUUUGAGCCCAAAUCAGCAGUUUGGGCUGACACAUUGAGCCGGGGCCUGGUCAAUCUGAACAUUUCCGGACCUAAAAUCAAUCCACAUGCUGAUAUUGGAGUUGACUUUGAUUCCAUCAACCGAAAGGAAAAGAGAGAGGAGAAGAAAAGCUCCGUUGCUCCAGUGACUUCUACCGUCACAAUGGGGAAAGCUAUGGGAGCUGGUUCAGGCAUAGGUCGUGUCGGUUCUAGCGGCAUGGCACCUCCUCCAAAUUCCAUGGUAGGUUCUGGCCUAGGCAUGGGGAUGGGCAUGGGAAUGGGAAUGGGAAUGGUCGGUUAUGGUGGGACCGUGAAUCAGCCUAUGGGUGUGGGAAUGGGAACGAACACGGGGAUGGGGAUGGGGAUGGGGAUGGGGAUGGGCAUGGGCAUGGGGCAAGGAAUGCCUAUGAGGCCGCCAUCGGGGGUGCCACCUAGCGCACCUGCAAUGCCUGGUGCAGGCUACAAUCCAAUGAUGAGCUCAGGUUAUGGUUCACAGCAGCCAUUUGGCGGUGGUUAUAGGUAAAUCAGGUGAUGGUCUUGGUGUCAUCAUUUUGAAGAGUGGGGUGUUGAUUGAAAAGUGCGCCGAUCCAUGUUAGUAUAUUGUUGAGGGUUUUUACCGUAUUCACCACCUUGUUGUCUCAAUCAUGAUCAUGAUAUCCAUUUUCGAUCUGGAUGUCUCCAUUGAUAUGCAUUACUGACACAAGUAUUCCUUCUGAUGCUACACAAGUACAAUCUCGGAUAUGUAUGUGAGUUGAGGUCCCAACCCUGCGGACAUAUGUUAUGUCGUUGUAGUGGAUGAAAAUCGGCCCCUGGCCUGUUUUUGUGAACUCUUCUCGAAUUAUUUGUUACAGCAUGCUUGCUGGAUAAACAAUAAAGUUUUCGCAUACUUUACUGCAAA